AUGGAACGAAAAGGCGGCAAGGCCGGUGCCACUGUCACCGGAUUUUUGCCUCAAAUUCAACUUUUUUUUUUAAUUUUCUUUUCAACAGGCUUCAUAAUUGUUCCUCUUCCUGAUACUCUUUUUGAAGCCGGAAGCAGUCGAGAUCUGAACACAGAUCUUUGCAGUGAUUUAUUUAUAAAGAUUACAUCACAAGACUCUGUCUUUGUUUAA